AUGGCCCCUCCUACUCCCACCUCUAACCCUUUCGCCGCCAUGAGGAACUUUGGUGGUAUGGUGUCGUCUGCUCUUUCCUUCGGCGACAGAUCUCGCCAAGUCUCCUCCCUCGGCCUCGGCACCCUCUCUUUGGGGGAGCCGUCUGGCGAUGUCCCGCCUCCUCGCUCCGCUUCUCCUCCCGCCGGUCCUCCCGCUGGUUCUCCCUCUGCUUCUCCUCCUCCUGGUUCUCGCUCUGCUUCCCCUCCUGCCGCCAGCCCUCGCCGCAGGACGCCCGCCUUUCGUCCUGACUUCGAAGGAAAAGGGGGUGAUUAUAGUGAUGAGGAUGAUAGAAUCGUGUCGGAGGGUGAAACCGAGUUAGAGGAACACUCGGAUGAUGAUAUGGUGGCGGUUACCGCUCCUGCCCCUCCCCCUGCUCAAAUUGUGGGCCAGAAACGACGCCGUUCCCUCUCCUCUUCUUCUUCUUCCUCUUCUUCUUCCUCUUCCGGGGUUCUCCCCCCCCCCAACGCCAUCGCCGCUGCCGCCGCUGCUGCCGCCGCCCCCGCUGCUGCCGCCGCCCGCCCUGCCGCCGCCAUCGCUCCUGCUGCCGCCGCCCCCGUCGCUGCUCCCCCCCCUUCUCCCAGAGGGGAGCCUUCGCCCAAACGGGUGAAGAGAUCACUGCGGGAAGAAGAGUACUUGUGGGAGAAGAUGAAGUCCGAGCCUGGUCGUUGGAUCGCGGUUGGUGUUGACGAAGCGUGUGAUCGUUGCCGGCCCUCCGUUGUGCUUCAUGCACGUCUGGCCCCUGCUCCUUCUGUCCCGUUUCCUCUGCCCGGGACAUCCCGCCCCGUCCCUUCGACGCUUCUCCUCUCCCCCCUCCCCAGACUCCAGCGUCUGUCCCCCGUUCGCGGGUACCGCCUUCGUCUCUCCGGUCGGUUCGCCGUACUUCGCCGGACCUCCGCCCGUCGCCUCCGUCGCCGUCGCCCUUCUCGCCGUCCUUCGGCCUCUGCUCCUUCGGCCUCCCGUCCUUCGGCCUCUCGUCCUUCGGCCUCUCGUCCUUCGGCGCCACGUCCGUCCUCUCCAGUGGUAGCUUCUCCUCCGGCUCACAGCACCCGAAGUCGGCGUCCUUCUGUUCCUCCGGCCACUUCGGCAGCCCCUCCCGUCACCCCUCCCUCUGCUUCCCAGAAGACACCGAAGUCUUCUUUAAAGAAAUCAAAAGGGAAAUCUAAAGAGAAGGAGGUUGCCUUCAAUGAUGGUGAUGUGGAAGGUGAAGAUACUCAGCGUGCUGGUCCCUCUGCUCCCCGGUUGUCCCUCGUCCACCCUCGUAUCUCCCUGGACGUCCGUAUUCCUGAGGACGAAAAGGAAUUCGCCACUUAUCGUUCUCUCGUCCUCGGUCUCACUACUCAGCUCGAGGCCGCCCGAAAUGAUACAUCUCUCCUGCUUGACUUCUCUUCUCGUCAAGCUAACGCUUUAAACAAUCUCACUGCGGCGUUAGUAGAUGUAGUCAACACUGAGGCUCUGGACGACGAAGCAAGGACAAGGUUAGCGGACGUCUCUCGCCGAAGCCUUACUGAGAUAGCCGAUGUUCGCCGAAGACUGUUCGACACCCCCUUCCUAGUCACUCCUAUGGCGUAUGAGCCACCACCGUCCCUUGACUGGUUAGGUCGCCGUAGUAGUUCUCGUGUCCCAGCUUCCGCCCAGACUGCUCUCGACCUCCUCAGUCUUCCCUUCGAGUGUCUACGGACCAUACGUUCUCUGUGGAGGACUCCGAGCAUGCAAGCUGCUCGAGAUGUCCAGGACUUCGGUGACUUCUUCGGGGCUAUGAAUCGGGCAUGGAAUGCUUCUCUCUCUACUGCGUUCCCGUCUGAGACUCUCGAUCUACCUUCGGUCAUCGGUAGCCUCCAUACCAAUCCCGCGGGACCGAGUAGAUCGAAGGAGAAAGGAAAAGGAAAAGGUAAGGGUAAGAGUAAGGACAAGUGA